UGUCAGUCACAGGUGAGGGUGGAUGGUGGAAGUUUGUAAAAAAGGGCUGGAAAGGGGAUCGAACCCGCGCUGAUGGAAGAGUUAUGCGGAGGAGGAACAUCGUGCUUUUGGAUAUGCUGAAAAUUUACGUCACUUCUCCGGGAGGAAAGCAAUGAGAAUCCUGAAGUGGAAGAACAGGAGCAGCAGUAUCAGUCAUUCGAGGGAAAUACAAUGUGGAUGAACUGACGUCGUCUUCGUUUAGCGGGACACCAGUUAUUCCCUGAAGACGAACUUAAAAGGGGUUUGAAAGAUGGCCGUGCGUAGCAAUUCAUUGAUGCCUUUCUCCAUCCAAGCCAUUUUGAAUAAAAAAGAGGACAGUCGUGGACAUUUACCCGAUUUGGAUAUGUGUUUCUCAAAGACGUCCUGUUGGAAAAUAUUCGGGGAAAUGAACAGCGGAUCUGCGGACUUUCCCUCGGCGUGCAGGCCGAGCAGCGACGGGGGAACCUGCGAGCCGGGCGACAACAAAAGUUACGACUCCGACUCGGGUCUGAGCGACGAUAACGACGGUAAGCCGGUGGUGUGUAAGACCGAGACCGAGGUGGACCCCGCCUCAGACCUGCUGGAGGAGAGCCUGCAGGAGGAGACGGACCAUGAAUCCACCGCCGUGGAGAACGCGAAGGGACUCAGCGACUGUGAGCCCAAUGUCUCGGGUAAGCGGAGGAAACGACAAACAUUGCAUUCCAACAACCUCGACGAGGCGGGAAGCGAUCAAAGCGCCGACCAGCCCAAGCAGAGGAAGAAGCGCUCGCGAGCCGCCUUCUCCCACGCACAGGUCUUCGAGCUCGAGCGGCGCUUCAACCACCAGCGCUACCUCUCGGGGCCCGAGAGGGCCGACCUGGCUGCCUCCCUGAAGCUCACCGAGACCCAGGUCAAGAUCUGGUUCCAGAACCGACGCUACAAGACGAAGCGUCGUCAGAUGGCCGCCGAUUUAAUGGCGUCGGCCCCCACGGCGAAAAAGGUGGCGGUUAAGGUGUUGGUCCGGGACGACCAGAGACAGUACAGCCCGGGAGAACUGCUGCGGCCCCCGCUGCUUGCCCUGCAGCCGUCCUACUAUUACCCCUACGGCGCGUACUGCCUUCCCGCCUGGACGCUAUCCGCGUGCGCUGGGAACCCAUAAGGCCCCCCCUUACCACAGAGGGGCCCCUCCUCGUGUAUUUAUUUUCUCCCGGGAAACCAAAGGAAAAACAUUGAAAGAAUCCUUGAGAGAAGCAAGUGUCUGAAUGGACUUAUCAGAUCAGAGUCACCAACCGAACUGCCUCACCGUGUUUUGUUGUCGUUGUUGUUGUUGUUGUUGUUGUUGUGUACGACUGAAGAUAUCACAUUUGAUGGUUGUUGCAGAAUAUUCUGUCCUCUGUUGUACGCGCGUGUUCCUACCUCUGCAAUGAUUGGAAAUAGACUGUUUCUAUUGGCCCUUCAAAUGGCUAAUUGUGUUACGUUUUUAUCUUUGUUGUGUUUGUAAUAACUAAAAUAUUUCAGCACUUUUGAGCAUAUAGUGUGGGCAUGUACAGUAGGCCUAUCAAACAUUAAAAGAAAAAAUACGAAA